CGGCAACAAUUGCCGCCGAACUGUCAAACAAAUAAUGUCGUUGUGAAUCGCGACUGAACAGCGGUCUUUAUUGUGUAUUUAUCACGCUGUAAACAUGGCUUCAGUGUCUCUAUUAUUGCGGACUUGUGGUUUAUUAAUAUAUUUAAUUACCAACGUGAACAGUGCCGUUAAUAAUCGUAUCGAACAAUGGAUAUUUUCAAUGAAAAUUGAUAGUAUAAAUUGUGACGAAAAAAUAUGUAAAUAUUUAUUAAAUGUGCGCGGUGGUGAAUUUAUUGGACAUUAUUCAUGGAGGUUGACCUCUGUGGAGGGUGCUAGGGGUGGUAGCUGUGACGUCAUUCAUCCCAAUUACGAAAUAAGGGCAGUUGAAGUAACGCAAUUUUAUUCAAAACUAAACAUUAGUGUGCCCCUGUUUAAUGGUAAAAUAUACUUUUGUUUAUUUAAUAAUGAAGGGCGGAACAACCCCUUUGGCGGCCAGUGGGUGCAUCAAGGCUCCGAAUAUUAUUUGCAGCCGAAAAACGAUUCUCUUUCAGAGGAGAAUAAUCGAUCGCAAAAGCCGAGGUCUCUCAACGAACUCCAGGAAAACGAAGAUAACUGGAUCGACCUCUCCCACGACAUCGACGUGAAUUAUCUUCCCAGAGCCAGACCUGCUCGUAAUGAUAAUCCAGAUGUAGAAAUAUUUAGACACGAUGAUUAUAUAGCUCUGGAUGGAACCGAUAAAGUUUGGGAUGAAAAGAAUAAUUUGGGACGGUUUAAAAGAGCUGAUGGGAUUGCGGCUAAAGCUGCGGAGAGAAGCUCGACAGAUUUAGACAAUGUCGUGUUAAACAAAAACGCUUCUAAUGAUGAUGGCAGUAAAGAUGACACUCGAACAAGAGCUCAAGGAUCUGCGAGUGAAUUGUUCUCAGAGGAAUUGAUAAGAAAAUCUCGUCAAAUAGUAGAUUCGAAUGAUUUUACGAGUAUGCGAGCGGCCCCUAUCGAUAUUUUCAUCGAAGGAAUCAGGAUCGAAGAGUCCGAGAAAGAACCACAUAUUGAAGACGGAAUACCGAGUGUGCUGGCCGAUACUGCAGUUACGAUCAGGGUAUUCGGCGAUGGGUUAACUUCGAAAACUGCCAUCGCUUUCACACGACAGGACCUGCCGUACGGCCAACCCUGCAAGUUUCUACUCAUGGGAGAGUAUAUGGUAAAAGAAGGCAGCGUCACCACCAGAUCCGCGUUGUUCGAUGUAACAGCACCCCCCUCACAGGAGGGCUCUAAGAUCUACAUCUGCGCUAAGAAUCUCCAGGCAGGGGCUGAUCACCCGACCAAGGACAAGGAAAAUUACUAUCACCAGGGAACUGAAUCCUGGAAGGCGUUUGCUACCCACAACACCCUGCUGCCGCUCUGGGUGUCGCUGAGUUUGAUUCUGAUAUGCCUGACAUUCUCUGCGCUUUUCUCUGGGUUGAAUCUCGGUCUGAUGUCAUUGGACAGGACCGAACUGAAGAUCAUAGCCAAUACCGGUACGGAAACGGAGAGGAAAUACGCCAGAGCCAUCAUGCCCGUCCGGGAUCAUGGAAAUUACUUGCUGUGCAGCAUAUUGUUGGGGAAUGUGGCUGUGAAUUCGACUUUCACGAUUUUGUUGGAUGAACUGACUUCGGGCCUCUUUGCUGUUAUAUUCUCGACCCUGGCUAUCGUACUCCUGGGCGAGAUAACUCCCCAAGCCAUAUGUUCGAGACACGGUCUUAUGAUUGGUGCCAAGAGUAUCAUGAUUACGAAGGCGGUUAUGGCCCUGACGGCGCCGAUGGCGUAUCCUGUGAGUAAACUCCUGGACUAUUUCUUAGGCGAGGAGAUAGGCAGCGUUUACAACAGGGAACGUCUAAAGGAGCUUAUCAAGGUGACAACUGGGGACUUGGACAAGGACGAGGUGAACAUCAUAUCCGGCGCCCUCGAGAUGAGGAAGAAGACCGUGUCAGACGUCAUGACGAAGAUGGAGGACGUGUUCAUGUUGCCGAUAACAAGCGUCCUGGACUUCGAGACGAUGUCGGAAAUUGUAAAGUCGGGCUACUCCCGCAUCCCGGUGUACGAGGGUCACCGCGGGAACAUCGUGACGGUGCUCUUCAUCAAGGACCUCGCCUUCGUCGAUCCCGACGACAACACGCCCCUUAGGACCCUCUGCCAGUACUACCAGAACCCUUGCAACUUCGUCUUCGAAGACGUCACCUUGGAUGUCAUGUUCAAACAGUUCAAAGAAGGUCACAAAGGACACAUGGCGUUCGUCCAUCGCAUAAACAACGAGGGCGAGGGAGACCCCUUCUACGAGACCAUAGGGCUGGUGACCCUGGAAGAUGUCAUCGAAGAGAUGAUACAAGCAGAAAUCGUCGAUGAGACUGAUGUGUUCAUGGACAACCGCAGCAAGCGACGCAGGAACCGCCCCUCGCACAAGCUCCAGGACUUCGCCGCGUUCGCGGAGAGGCACGAGAACCAGAGGAUCCACAUCUCGCCCCAGCUCACCCUGGCCACGUUCCAGUUCCUGAGCACGAGCGUAGACGCGUUCCGUCCGGACGUAGUGUCGGAGACGGUUCUGAGACGUCUCCUGAGGCAAGACGUCAUCCAGCACAUCAAGCUUAAGGGGAAGACCAGACGGGAUUCGGCCACAUACGUUUACCAUCAGGGGAAACCGGUCGAUUACUUCGUUUUAAUCUUAGAAGGACGAGUCGAAGUUACCGUAGGACGGGAGAACUUGAUCUUUGAAGCUGGACCCUUCACAUACUUCGGUGUACAAGCCCUUACACAGAACGUUGGAGUUGCCGAGUCUCCUACACCAUCAGCGAUGGGUUCCCUACAGAACAUCAAUAUGGACUCGAUGUUGCGACACACUUUUGUACCGGACUAUUCGGUUCGCGCUAUCUCUUCCGAACUUUUCUAUCUCACUGUGAAGCGCGCUCUGUACCUGGCUGCGAAAAGGGCGACCCUAAUGGAGAAGGGCGCCCUCUCCAAGGGCACGACCAACGAACAAUUCGACACUGAAGUCGACAAGUUACUCCAGUCUGUAGACGAGGACAUCAGCGUGAGCGGGGAGCACAGGACUCCAUCGAGACAGGUAUCGCCCAAUCCUCCACCAGUGUCGGCUUCGCCCCACGUUCGGGCAACUUUCGCGUCGCCCGACAACAAUGGCGACGUUUACACGACCCACAACCUGAAGGCCGACGAGGAGGAGAAACUUCUGAAGUGAGGCACGCCGCUGUCCGUGGACCGCAUCAGAACGACGCUAGUCUUGUAUUUUGUACUUAAGUCCGGCCAACGGACACUAUGAUCUGAACGCUUUGAGUCCCUCAAAGUGUUGUUAGCAGUAUUUCUAUUUAUUGUUCCUAUUCGCAUAACAAAAUCCAAUGGAUUGGUUCCUAUUCGCAUAACAACAUCCAAUUGAUUGGUUAUUAUUCGCAUAACAACAUCCAAUUAAUUGGUUAUAAUUCGCAUAACAACAUCCAAUUGAUUGGUUAUUAUUCGCAUAACAACAUCCAAUCGCCCACUAUUUAUCUCAGUAUUAUUAACUAGUAAUGUAUGAAUGAAUUAACUAUUUUAUGAAUUUAAUAAGAUAAGCGGACCCUUUCGGUCGUAAAAAAAUAUAUUUUUGAAUGCCACGCAAUGUAUCACAAACUGAAAUCAACUAUAGUGGUACAGGAGUUAUGAGGUUUGAAAGGCGGUACGAUCGUUUUAGGGCUUCGACCUCAUGUCUCAAAGCGAGUACUGGCACUCACGUGGUGAUGUCUAUGGACUCCAGUCGGGCGGCGAGCACUCGUAAAAAAGCUCCCACAAAGGGUCAACGACCCACAGCUUCUUCUGACGGAAUUACCUCCCAAUACAAUUAAAUGCCAUUCAAAUCGGGUGGAACUACAUAAUAUUAAAAUUUAAUGUUAUUAAUAUCCAUCCUCUGAGAGAAAGGUUGACCUAUAAAGAAUAAACAUAACAAAAAAAUAAACAACAUAAUAAAUGUACUUAAGUAACUUAUAAAUAAACAAGAACAUGUGAUAAGUAAAUAAAAAAAAUAAAAAUAGUAAUAAAAAUAAUGUUUUAACGAAUUUGUUACCAAAUUCGAAAAUGACUUGUGAAAUUAUGUUGUAAUUUUCAAAAUCUUGAAAAAAAUAUUUAUUUAUAUACUUAUAUGAAAAUGAACGAAUGGAAUGUCUUUUUGUGUAUCAAAAGAGAGUCGACUCGAUAAAGAGAAAUAACUACUUAAUCAAUGUUAUAUGUAUUUGGAUAGUUUUCAAUUUUGUGGCCAAAAAAGAGGUAACGACUUCAUGAAUUUAAACUUUUUCUAAUUAUCCAUAUUUUUUUUGUAUUUAGGCAUGUUCAGAAUAAAAAAAAUGCUUCAUCAUAAUCAAGUCAAUCACUAAUUUAUUGAUAAUAUUAUUCAUUUAUAUUUAUCAUUUUACCGAUUUGAUAACGCCAACACGGAUGACAAUUUAAAUAGGAACUUUUUUAAAAGCUUAGAAAACGUAUGUACUUCUUUUGUUUUUAAUAAUGUUCUAAUAUCCAGUUACUUUUCCUUUAUUAUUGUAUUAUAUACUGAUUAAAUAAAAUUGCCGAAUUCCAACGCGCAUUUCUCAAAAAAUAGCAAACAAGUUAGAAAUUGAAUUUCGGACCAGUGAUACGAAUGAGAUUUGGGGUAGUUUUUAAUAUAUAACUCCUAAUUUAACAGUGUUCACGAACAUAAAUAGUUAUACCAGCUGUACUCGUCCGCUUCGCUGGACAUUUAAAAUUAACAUUAUUAUUUCUCACUCCCAAAAAAGAUUCUCAUUUUCUCAUCAUUAACGCCCCCGCAACUGGUGUAGGGAGUCCAACACUCAUAUAAAUAUAAGCUUAAAUCCAUUAAGUACAUGUAUUUUCUCCAUGGAUACCAAGUUUCAAGACAAUCGGAUGCACGGUUCAGUAGUUAUAACGGAACAUCCGUAAAAACCACUGUAGAUUUAUAUAUUAGUAUAGAUGACCACGUGCCUGUUGUCAUGACAACAAAUUUACUGUAGGUACUUAUAAUUACGGUAACAUUAAGGUUAUGAGAAUUAAAUCGAAUAACUCGCUUUUGGCCCCAAAUUUGAAAACGACCUGUUUGGCAUCUUUGGAAUUCAGGUGGCUUAACUAUAAAAAAAUUUAAGAAAAUCAGUUUUCAGAGAUCGUCCACCCAUCUAAGCAAUAAAAAAAAAUAACAGUGAUAGAACGUAGUUCAACAGAUUCUGAUCGAGCCCCGGCCUGUUGGAGGAAAGUCUCGUCCACUUGUGCUCAUGAUGGCUCACGAGUGCUCACGGAUAUGAUUAGUAAUACUGCAAAUGUACGAUUCGAAGAUCAAUUUGUUUGAUCCGUUCUCGUUAAAACCUAGAUUGUUUAGUUGUGAGAUGAGCGUUUUAAAUAACGCGGCUUUUAAACGCGGCGUUUGUUUACUCACUGGCCGCGGCACGUAGCGUAUGUACAGCGUGUUGAUUUAUUUUAGUGUAUAAACGAAUUAUUGUAUAAGGGAAUAAAUAUUUAUUUGAUUAGA